CUAGGGCCAUCCAUGACUGUCACUCUCUUCGUCUCCCUACAAUACCGCUCUUACUCUACUAUAUUAUCUUCCUUAGGAUCCUCGAAGAACAGCCCCAUAAGCGAUAAUGCAAAGCCCGCCACACUCAUCACCUCCUCCACCUCCAAUGGCACAGAAAUCACAGCCUCCCCAGAGCCCAUUGCACCAUCCAAUGCGCUCAUAAAGAUGCCAACUGCUCCAUGGAUGAAGGGUUCUCUCCUCCUCCGGACUGACCAAGUCCUAGACUUCUCAAAGCCCAAAACCAAGAAGAGGUCAGACACUGAAAAAUCUGAUCGUACUUUGAACGCUAAAGAAGUGGGAGGCAAGAAAGCAGUGAAAAAGAUCGUGGGAAGCAUUGAAAAUCUCCAUCAAAAUCAAAGUUCAGAAGAUACCCAGAUGGGUUUUAAUGGAUUGAAAAUUGGAGAUUGCUUUGGAAAGCUUGAGGAAGGAUAUGGGGAUUCGAGAUUGGAUAAACGAUUGCCUUGGGUGAGGGAUGGGAGGCUUGUGAUUCGGAGAAUGAAGAAGGAUAAGGUAGUGACCGCGGCAGAGUUGUGUCUGGAUGAGGAGUUGCUUCAGAGAUUGAGAGAGGAGGCUACAAGAAUGACGAAGUGGGUUAAGGUGAACAAGGCUGGGGUGACUCAGGAUGUUGUUGAUGAGAUUCGACUGAUUUGGAGACGGGAUGAGCUUGCUAUGUUAAAAUUUAAUCUCCCUCUGUGUCGAAGUAUGGAUAGAGCAAGGGAAAUUGUGGAGUUGAAGACUGGAGGCUUGGUUGUUUGGAAAAGAAAAGAGUUUCUUGUUGUUUACCGUGGAUGUAAUCGCAAAAUAACUUCAAAGUCUUUUUCAAAUAUGAAAUCAUGUCCAUCAAACUUCAGUCAGCAGAAAUGUAAUGGAAGUACUAUGGAUGGAGGGAUUUAUAGAGGAGGAGGAGAAGGCAACCCUUCACCCAGCGGCCUUUUUAUGGAAGGUUGUCUGGAUAGCCAACCACUAAAUGGAUCACUGUUCGAGAGGGAAACUGAUAGAUUAUUGGACGGCUUAGGACCCCGCUUCAUUGAUUGGUGGAUGCAAAAACCAUUGCCAGUAGAUGCAGACUUGCUUACACAAUUUGUUCCUGGAUUUAAAACUCCAAGACGGCUUUGUCCAUCACUUGUGAGAUCAAAGUUGACAGAUGCCGAGCUUACAUACCUGAGGCAUCAUGCUCAAGCUUUGCCUAUUCAUUUUGCUCUUGGGAGGAACAGAAGACUUCAAGGUUUAGCUGCUGCUAUCUUAAAAUUGUGGGAGAAGAGCCAUAUAGCAAAGAUUGCUGUGAAGUGGGGGAUUCCAAAUACCGACAAUGAGCAAAUGGCAGAUGAACUCAAGAAUCUCACAGGAGGAGUUCUAUUACUGCGCAAUAGGUUUUUUAUUAUUCUCUACAGGGGCAAGGACUUUCUCCCUUGCCAAGUUGCAGAUCUAGUGGUGGAACGAGAAAUGGAGCUUAGAAAAUGUCAAACGAUUGAAGAAGGUGCACGUCAGUUUGCAGUUGAAGAUUUGUCUAUGUCUGAUCAACCAGUAGCAAACUCUAGCUCCAUUGGAACAUUAUCAGAAUUCCAGGAUAUCCAAGCUAAAUAUGAGAAUAUGGGGAAAGGAAACAAAGAGGUUGAACUUCAGUUGCAAGCUGAAAAAGAAAAUUUGAAGCGGGAACUGAAGAAGCAAGAGCGCAAGCUUUUCAUUCUUAACUGUAACAUAGAGAAGUCGACAAAAGAAUUAUUGAAAUUGAACUCUAGGUGGGAGCCGGCUGGGCUGGAAGCAGACCAGGAAACAAUAACGGAAGAGGAGAGAUCAUGCUUACGGAAGAUAGGAAAGAAGAUGGAUGGCAGCCUAGUGCUUGGGAGGCGUGGGGUCUUUGAUGGUGUGAUUGAGGGCAUACAUCAGCAUUGGAAGCACAAAGAAGUGGUUAAGGUGAUAACAAUGCAGCGAUUGUUCGCAGACAUUAUUUAUUCAGCCAAAUUGCUUGAAGUAGAAAGUGGUGGAAUUUUUGUUUCAGUGGAAAAGCUAAAGGAGGGUCAUGCUAUAAUUAUUUACCGAGGUAAAAACUAUAGACGUCCUCCAAAGCUACCAACUCAGAAUCUUCUCAGCAGAAGACAAGCAUUGUUUAGAUCUCUCGAAAUGCAGAGACUCGGGUCCCUAAAGUUUUUUGCCCAUCAGAGACGGCGGACAAUCUCAGAUUUGAAACUCAAGCUUGCAGAGUUGCAUGAAGCAGGACAAGAAAAGUUUCUCGAAUUGUGAACUGAUUGAUGCAGUAUGCAAUAUGCAGUAGUUCCUCUUGGUGUAUCAACUCAUUCAAGGAACGUUGGAUUCAGAAAUGCCACGCUGACGUUUUCUGACCAUUUAGAACCUCAUUACUCUUGAAGCAGGGGCAAUGCUCAUGAACUACUGGUAAUUUAGUGAGAACUUUGUUUCAAUCAGUGUUUCUUCCCGACAACCACUGGAUCCGAUGCAUUCUAAAACCCAGGGGCAGACUAUGCGAAGCAGUUGACGCAAGGAUGGGAAUGAGCUGGGUUCGUGGAGAGAUCUUUGUAGAUGAAUUGAAGACCUGGAGCUUUUACAGUGGAUCAACUGCUAAUACUUAUAGAUGCAUUUUAGAGCCUAAUUACCUUUGUAUAUGCUAUGUACAAGUAAAUUUUGUUAUAUAUGAUAGACCUAACAAGUCUCCUGCCAAAAA